UUCUUUUUAGCUAUUUCAUUAUGCGCAUGAUGACGCACUUUCUUACCUGACAUUUGCACUGGCUUCGUCGAAGCUAAGCUAGCUAGYUGUUAGCUAACCGCGACAGAAGAGGAAAAAGGAGAAUCGUUUUUGAGAGCAUUACUUGCAGAUUAAUUUAAUUUUAAACAACAAAUAUGUAACCUGGACCGACWGUUCGAGUAUUCAUUUUGCUUAUAAACUAAUCCUAAGCCAAAAGGUUUUCAAAUGUCUUACUGGGUCUGCUGCAAUUCCUGUUUUCUUCCCCCAAGUUCUGAGCGCAAACUAGCUGUUACUACCUGUGGCCAUGUCAUCUGUAGUGUCUGUUAUCAGAAAGGCAAGCAAGGCAAGUGUUUAAUAUGCAGUGCCCAGUGCCAACUAUCGCUGCUGUCUGACAAAAGCAGCUCCGAUGUGAAGGCUUUGUUUUCUGACAUCAACGUCGUGGCAACCAAACACCUAACAGAAAUCAGCAAAGUCCUAACAUUCCAGGCAAGACAUCAAAAGAGACUGCUGACUUACUACCAGAAAAGGGUUGGAGGCGUUUAUUAUGCUUAUGAGAAACUAGAGGAGKUUUUGCACAAAAUGAAUCAAGAAAAGCAACUCAUGACAAAGAAACUGAAUGAACAGAGUGUAUACAUCGCUAAACUGGAAAACUCUCUUCAGCAUCAAUGCGCCAAGUCAUCAUCUGGUUCUCUGAUCAGCCACAGUUCCCACACUCCACAUGGACAUAAGCCAGUCCUGCAGAUCCCAUAUAACUCACCAGUGUCCCUCUCACGCCACUCAUCCACAACUAAUAUCACUGAGAACAUGGAGGUGGAUGAAAGGAGCCUGUUCAGAAAACCUAACUCUGCACCCAGACUUUCACUUAUCAAGCCUCCUCAAGAGGGAAGAAUUGGCACUGUCUCUCGGCCUGCUGCGCACUCUGCACACUCAGCCACUGUCAGCCGUUUUCAGGUAACACCCAUGACCCCAGAGUCUCCAUUUGGCCAGAGUUCUGUGUGGAAGUCCCCGAUCUUCAAGCCUCCAUCCUCCUUCAGACACUCCAUGUCCUCUCUGGUCGGUCUUCCACCCUAAAAAAAAAAAAAAAACA